AUGGCACUCGACGCCAAGGCAAUGUCAGUAGACCCUACUGGCAUUGGGCGGUCACUUCUCAUCGUUACAAUCAUUUUCUUGAUCAUAACUACGAUUAUCAUUGCCUCGAGAUGUUGGGUUCGUCUACGAUACAGGACGUUUGGCGUUGACGAUGGUCUCAUGCUUGUCGGAUGGAUGCUAUACGUCGGCGUUAGCUGCAUCGUGGCACGUAGCACCUAUGCUGGUCUCGGCACUAAAGAUACCGAACUGAAUGCUUAUCUCCAAAGCGAUGGCCGAAAGUUUCUUUGGUUCUUCCAAGUCACUUACUGCAUCUCAUUGCUAUUCCUCAAAAGCUCCAUCUGCGUUACUCUUCUUCGCAUUGCUGUUGUCCGAACCCACCGUAUCAUCAUUUGGGGCACUCUCGCAUUUGCGUUGCUUUCUAUUACUACUGUUAUUAUUGGACUUUUUGUUAUUUGUCGUCCAAUAGCGACCGCGUGGGGUCAUGCGGACGGGACAUGUGCUCCGUUAAUUGUCACUGCAAGUCUUGGAUAUCUUGUGUCAACUGGUGCGGUUGUUACUGAUUUCAUCUGCGCUAUCUUGCCUAUAUUUAUGCUAUACAAGGCGAACAUGAAGAUGGCGACCAAGGUAUCACUUGCGAUUAUCCUUUCUCUGGCUGCCUUGGCUUCACUCUGCACAAUCAUUCGACUUCCCUAUGUAAAGUACUAUAUUAUCCUGCCUGAUUAUCUUUAUAACGUUGCACAUAUUGUCAUCUGGUCUAUCCUCGAGUCGGGCAUCGGCAUCGUAGCCGGUUCACUGCCCUCAUUGCGUCAAUUGGUCAACCGCCGCUUCCAAUUCGACAGCAAUUCAGAUAGCUCUCCCGCCCAGUCCGCACCUUACUCAGGGCCCUACCGAGCGACUAUUACUUCUAAAUCAGUAGGGCAAAGCAGGUCCCACAGAGGCGCUAGUACAUCAGGUAUUGGCGAAGGAGAAGGUCACUGGGAGGAGCUCGACGAUACCUCUUCCAGGAAGAACAUCUACGUCAAGACGGAUGUAGAGAUGCAGACAUUUGAUCGACCAAUUACAUCUGGGGGACCACAUAGGUCUAGCGAAGGCCUUGUUCGGUGA